AUGUCUACUAAUGUUGAGAGUAAUCUAAGUCGUGAGGAGCUAGAACAAGAAGGGUCGUCUGGAACUCUUCCUCCUAGUCGAACUACACAAAGCUGUGAGGAAUCUAGUUUUGUCAAGAAAAGAGGAGAGUACAAGAAGAGGUCCAAAGCUUGGGAUCAUUUUCAUGCAAGGAGUUCAUCAUGCAAUCUGCAAAUACUUCACAAGGGAAAUGAAAUUGGUAAGGCCAUAGAAAAGUGUCUACUAGAAUGGGGAGUUGAUGAUAUUCUAACUGUUACAGUUGACAAUGCAAGUUCCAAUGAUUUAGCUAUCCAAUAUUUACGAGGAAAACUUCAAAAUUGGGGUAAAGCUGUGUUAGGGGGGAAAUGGACUCAUAUGAGGUGGAAUUCUACAUAUCUAAUGCUAGAUACAUCUCAGAGGUUUGAGGAGCAGGAUCCUUAUAUGCUUCAAGAGUUAGAAAAUCUGCCAACAAAAUCUGAUUGGACAAAAGCUAGAUUCUUGGUAAUUGUUUUGGAAAACUUUUAUCAGCUGACUGUGAAGGUUUUCGGUUCCAAAUAUAUGACUUGGAAUACUUUUUUCACUGAUAUUAGUCACAUUCAUGGCAUUUUAAUUGAAAUGGCAGCAAGUGAUAAUGAUGUUUUGAGUUCAAUGGCAAGAUCAAUGAAGGAGAAAUAUGACAAGUAUUGGGGAAAGAUUGAAAAGAUGAAUAUGUUGAUUUUUAUUUCCUCUAUUCUUGAUCCUCGAACUAAACUUGAAUACCUUGAAUUUGUGGUUGGCCAAAUGUAUGGUGAGUUCGAUGGUGCAACACUAGCUGGCCUUGCAAAAGAUGCAAUGUUUGAGCUGUUUAAUGAAUACAAGAUGCUUAGCACACUUGCCUCACAUUCUGCCUCUUCUUCACUUUCAAGUGAUUCUCAAAGGGGUAAAACUACAUUUCAUGGAGAUGCCUCUAAAACAAUCACUGAUAGGUACAAGUUCGAAUUUAAGAAGAGAAAAAUGGAACUUGGGGGUAGAGAUGCAAAAUCUAAAUUAGAUAUAUAUUUGAAUGAGGAGUCUGAGGAAGAUGAUGAGAGAUUUGAUAUCUUGUUGUGA